AUGUCCCAACCCGACAGCAGCCGACGUGCCAAGUCCAUUGGUCACUACAUCCUAGGCAAGACGAUUGGAGAGGGCACCUUCGGGAAGGUCAAGCUUGGCACGCACAUCUUGACCUCGGAGCGUGUUGCCGUGAAGAUCCUCGAGAAGGAGAGGAUUGUUGAAGUUGCAGACGUGGAGCGGGUUGCCCGUGAGGUACACAUUUUGAAGCUCAUCCGGCACCCUCACAUUGUGCAACUCUACGAGAUCAUUGAGACGCGGAGGCAGCUCUACCUCAUCAUGGAGUACGCCAGUGGUGGGGAGCUGUUCGAUUACAUUGUCGCGAAGGGCCGUGUGCCCGAACCGGAGGCAUGCCGCUUCUUCCACCAGAUUAUUGCCGGACUGGAGAAGGUUCAUGCCAUGAACAUCGUGCACCGGGAUCUCAAGCCCGAGAACCUCCUUCUGGACGAGCACAAUAAUAUCAAGAUUGUUGACUUCGGCCUGAGCAACGUUUUCAGGCAGGGUCAGCUUCUGAAGACUGCCUGCGGCUCUCCGUGCUACGCCGCACCUGAGAUGAUUGCAGGCCACAGCUACGUGCCGCACCUUUGCGACAUGUGGAGCUGUGGGGUGAUUCUCUUCGCCCUGGUCUGUGGGUACCUGCCCUUUGAGGACCAAAACACAUCUGCAUUGUACAAGAAGAUCCUGGCUGCAGAGUACAAAACGCCAAAGUUUAUCAGCGAGGCGGCACCGGUCACUUCACCCCACCCCUCCAUUUCCAGGAGUCGGUAG